AUGACUCCCAAGCAGAAAGAGCAUAUCCUCCGUCUGCGUCGUACAGACCACAAGUCCGAGCACUUGUUGCUGAAUGUCGGCAGAAAUGGACGCAGAGAUUUGGAUCUCAAGCUCAUCGGCACUGACCAGUACGUGGCAUUUAUCGGAGCUAUUGAGGAAGCCGAUGUCAAGUCGCUACAAGAACGCAAUUACACGGGCGAUCUCGCAGAGUGGAAGACGGUCUUGCGUUUUGCACUUUUACGCGAAAAGCCCGACGGGACCCUGCCAGAGUUUCUUCAGGGUGUGGAGACGGUGGCCGCCAUUAGCGGAUCCACGUCCACGAUCACUGUUCGGAGAAACAUUGGCGGAAUUACGCAAAGACUUGGCUCCAUCCAGCUCGACCAGAAAGAUGAAGAGGUUGUGCCGAUGGAAUGGGUCGACGUUGCAGCAGCAACGUCCGAUGGACUCCGAGACCAGUUGGCAACGCUCGAGGCUUCUGUCCAGACUCAAAAGGACCAAAUUGCAAAGCUGUCGACUGAGCUUGAUAUGCUAGUAAAGGCCAAGAGGGAGCACGAAGAGGAAUUGCUCAGCAAAUUUGCGGCAUUGCUCAAUGCAAAGAAGCUGAAGAUUCGGGACCAGCAACGUCUCUUGAAUGGCGCCAAGGUUGAUCCGGUUGCUGCGGAAGAGAUUAGUUCUGUUCGAGCCCCAAGGACCUCGAGAAAAGCAGGGGCAUCUCGUGGUGGCAAGAGAAAAGCCAACAGUGCAGCACCACCGUCGCCUGAGGAACAGCAGCAUGAUGACGACGAUGCCGAAACGGUCGACGGCACGGAUGAUGCCGAUGGUGCUUCAAGGAGAGAGCAGAUGACUCCAGAACCAUCUGAUGCUGAUGCGACGACAGAUAGCGAGAAUGAACAUGAGAAUGUGGAUAAGAAGUCAGCGGUGGGAACAACUGCAUCGCUACAGAGCUCGAGAGGAAGAGGUCAACGUGCAGGAGGCACGACCGAGAACAUGGACCUUGACGAAGACUUGCCUCCUCCAAGAAAGCUGCCUUUCAAUAACAGGAAGACGGCUCAUGAAAGUGCGGAGAAGCCUAUACCAGCUACUAUGGCGAACACGAAAGAUAUCGGAGAGGAUGCUGAAACAGAUGAUGAUGAAUUAUGA